CUUCGUCAUACUGGCUGCGCCUCUCUGUUCUGCAUGGCUGUGGAGUGAAGAAAGCUAAAUCAGCACAUUUCAUUUAAAUCUUAUUAAAAUCAUUAUAAUUAAAUCGUAAAACACUCAUAAUGGCGGAGGCGAUUCAAAAGAAAUUACAGGCAGAACUGGAGAAAUACCAGCAAGUCCAAAAAGAUGUCAGUAAAAGCAUGUCAGCCCGGCAAAAACUGGAGGCUCAGGUGACUGAGAAUAACAUAGUUAAAGAGGAGCUAGACCUGUUGGACAGCCAGAAUACAGUUUACAAAUUAAUUGGACCUGUACUGGUAAAACAAGACUUGGAUGAAGCAAAAGCAACAGUGGGUAAAAGGCUGGAGUACAUCAAUGGAGAAAUCCAACGCUAUGAGACAUUAAUAAAGGACAUGGAACGAAAGUCUGAACAGCAUCGUGAAGUUCUCGCCAGUCUGCAGCAGGAGUACCAGCGCGCCCAGGGCCUCCCCGCUGGCAAAGUUUAAAUGAUAAAUGGAAUCUAAUUCAUUUCUUACAUUAAAACAUUGUCCCGAUUUCUCAUUUACUCCUUUUUUACUCCAUCUUCUUUCAUAGUUUAUUCUCAUAGAAUCUUCAGUUGAAGAUAACAUUUAGGGUUAUUUUUUGUUGGUCAUAUUUGUGAAUAAAUAUUGUUUAUUUACACUGGUUCAGUAAAUACUUUUCUUUUUA